AUGCGCUUCGCCCACCUCAUCGCAUCGGCAGCUGUGGCUGCUGCCGCGAACAUCGUCGACUUGUCCGACGUAGAUUGGACUCUUACGAACGACGAAAAGGAUAUCUCGGUUCCUGGUAAGGUCCCUUCGCAGACUCACCUGGACCUUUUUGCCGCGAAAAUCAUAGAUGACCCAUACCAUGGGCUAAACGACUUCGACCUACGAUGGGUUGCCAUGGCCGACUGGAACUACACUGCUCAAGUCGCUGGAUUAUCGAAAGAGGAAGGUCUGAGCACUUUCUUGUUGUUUAACGGUCUCGACACAUUUGCAAAUAUUAGCCUCUGUUCCAAAUCUGUUGCGAACACAAAUAACCAGUUCCGCCAAUACUUCUUCGACGUCACCGAUAUUUUAUCCGGCUGUAGUUCCGAUUCUCCCGAGCUUCUUGUUGAAUUUGGUAGUGCUCCUAGAAUCGCCAAUGAGCUUGCUGCUCUACCUGGGGCUCCUACUUGGCCUGAAGGCCCUCCUAUUGGUCUUGAGAUUGAGUUUGAAUUCGGGAACCGCCAGUUUAUCCGAAAGGAGCAGUCGGAUUUCGGCUGGGAUUGGGGCCCAGCAUUCGCCCCGGCAGGUAUCUGGCAGAAGGCAUGGAUCGUGCAACUUCAAAAGGAGGAGGUCCAUGUUCGCAACUCGAUAUUCGACCUCUAUCGCGAGGGUCAAUUGAACCUUCUUCCCCCUGACCAGAAUGCCAAUUGGGUCUUGAACGCCAGCAUUGAUGUAAUCGGCACCGUGCCCGAAGGGGCGACCAUGAACUACAAGAUCUUCGACCUUGCUACUCAAAAGGAGGUUAGCAGCGGUGACCUGACAGACGUGGAGAAUCAUAGAGACGUGAUCACUGGCAAUGUUGUUCUGGACGCCAAGGACUACAAGUUAUGGUGGCCGACCGGACUGGGGGCGCAGAACCUUUACAAUAUUACCGUCGAUGUAGUAUCUGAGUCGGGCAAGACUCUGGCCUCAGUAGUGAAGCGCUCUGGAUUUAGAACGAUCAUUAUGAACAUGGGCGAAGUCACGGACGAGGAGAUAGCCCAAGGAGUGGCCCCAGGUACCCACUGGCAUUUCGAGGUCAACGGCCAAACAUUCUACGCCAAGGGUAGCAAUUUCAUCCCGCCAGAUACCUUCUGGCCCCGAGUAACUCCAGAGAAGAUCCGGACAAUGUUUAAUGCGGUAGUCGCUGGAAAUAUGAACAUGCUUCGUGUCUGGGCGGGCGGCGCAUAUUUACCUGAUUUCAUAUACGACAUUGCAGACGAGAUGGGCAUCUUCCUCUGGUCUGAGUUCCAGUACGGCGAUGCUCUUUACCCCGUUGACCCGGACUUCCUCGAGAACGCUCGCGUGGAAGCCGUGUACAAUGUCCGUCGUGUUAACCACCAUCCUUCGCUAGCUCUCUGGGCCGGUAAUAACGAGAUCCUGCUCUUGAUGAUUCUUAUUCUCCAAAUAAUUGCACCAGAUGAGCUCGAUCACUAUAAGCACGACUUCGAGAUGUUAUUCUUAGACACGUUGGUCCCCGCUGUCUUCGGAAACACCCGUAGUAUUAGUUAUAUGUCGAGUAGUGCGAAUACCGGAUAUUUGUCUCUCAAUCACAGCAACCCGAGGCCAAUUAUCGAGCGAUAUAUGAAUGCUACGCCCGGGGAAAUCUACGGAAACACUGACUACUACAACUACGAUAUCUGGCAGGGAUUUAACACAUCGAGUUAUCCUGUUGGUCGAUUCGCAGCUGAAUUCGGGUUCACCAGUAUGCCUAGCAUUAACUCGUGGAAGAAUGCUGUGGAUGAAGAAGAUCUAUGGUACAACAGUUCAACCAUCGUGCUCCGGAACCACCACCAACCUCCCCGUGGGCUUAACACUAGUGAUUUCGAGAGGGCGACCCAAGGUAUGAUUGAAAUGACUAACGGUGUGGAGACAUACUAUCCCACGCCAAUGAAGACAGAUCCCAUUGCCAAUUUCUCCGCCUGGUGUCACUCAACGCAGAUUUACCAAGCCGACUUCUACAAGAGCCAGAUCGAAUUCUACCGUAUCGGUUCGGGAAGACCCGAGCGCCAGCUCGGAAGCUUGUACUGGCAGCUUCAGGAUAUCUGGCAGGCGCCGACAUGGUCGAGCAUUGAGUACGAGGGCCGAUGGAAGAUCCUGCACAAUACCGCCAAGGACAUCUACCAAUCUGUCAUCGUCGCGAACCUCUGGAACGUAACCACCGGCAUCCUUGAAAUUUACGCAGUGAGCGACCUCUGGGAAGAGACGAAGGGCAAGGCAAGUCUUAGCUGGGUUGGUUGGGAUGGCAGCGUUCUCGACGUUGAUACAACUGAUAUCAAGGCGGGAGACGUGGACUUUACUAUCGGACCGCUCAACACCACUUUGCUUGCACGAAUAGACAUGAACAAGUUGAAAUUAGACCCGUCUUUUGAUGCCAGUAAGGCCGUGCUGGUGGCCAACUUAACGGCUACCGGAACCCCACCGAACAGCGAGGCGACGAAGACUUUCACGCACACCAAUUACUACACUCCUACGCCGUUAGCUUCAGCUGCUAUAGUUGAUCCUGGCGUAAGCGUAGAGUACGACAGCAGCGCUAAAGAGUUCGUGGUCCGAGCCGACAAGGGAACUAGCAUCUGGACUUGGGUCAGCGUUGGAGACAAGGAUGCCGACGAUGUCAUCGUCGCUUUCGAUCACAACGGAUUCCUGCUAAGGAAGGGUGAGGAGAAGCGCAUUGGAUACAGCGUCAUUAGCGAUAAUGGACAGAAGGCAGGGUGGGAGAGUAGAGUUAGUAUUGGUAGUAUUUGGGAUAAUACCUUGUCGUAA